AUGAGUGGGGGUGAAGAUGAGUGGUUUCCAGCACUGCGUGGCAUAGCAGCAGCACAAGGAGAGGACGCGAAAAAGGCGGCAGUAGAGUCGGUGGUCGAAGGCCUAGUGUUGUUGGAAGAUGCCUUCAAGAAUUGCAGCAAAGGUGAGAAGUUCUUUGGUGGAGACAAAAUUGGAUACUUAGACAUUGCACUUGGCUGCUUCUUGGGUUGGGUGAGGGUGACUGAGAAGAUGAACAAUGUAAAGCUACUUGAUGAAGCCAAGACUCCAGGUUUAUAUAAAUGGGCUGAAGAUUUUUGUGCUGAUAGUUCUGUCAAAGAUGUCAUGCCUGAAACUAAUAAGCUUGCUGAGGUUGCUAAGAUCAUUCAGGCCAAAAUUAGAGCCCAAGCAUCUAGCUAAGUUCAUAUGUCUUCUUCUUUCAAGGUGUGUUUAGACUAUCAAGUCUUGGUAGUUAUUUUCAAUCUCUAGCAAAGAUGAUGUAUGAGCACAACAUUUGGUCUUUGAACUGGUCAAAAAAUACAUUGUUCCUUGUGUAAUAAGCUAUUCAGAAAUGAGUACAAGAAGCCAAGAUAUAGCAUCUGUUGGCUAUUUCUAAA